AUGUCAUUCACCUCCAGAUCCUACACCUCUGCCAGGGCCCUCAGCAUGUAUGGGGGUGCCGGUGGCCGCGGUUCCCGCAUCUCCACCUCCCAGGCUGGGGGACUCUACGGCACCGCUUCCUCCAGGGGUGGCUUAGACCUGGCUGACGGCCUGGACCUCCACGUGUCAGCCAACGAAAAGGCCACCAUGCAGAACCUGAACGACCGCUUGGCCUCCUACCUGGAGAAGGUGAGGCUUCUGGAGAAGGAGAACGCAGAGCUGGAGAAGAAAAUCAAGGAUUGGUAUGCUUCACGCACGGUUAUCUGCCACGACCACAGAGCCUACUUCGCCACCAUCGCUGGCCUGAAGGACAAGGUAAGACGGAGAGGGAGAGGGGGAGGGAGAGGGGGAGGGAGAGGGGGAAGGGUGUGUGUGUGUUAGAAUUAGGGGAGUGUGACACCUGAAAAUGUUAAUUUAUUUCCAAAAGCACUAACUCCAUCAUGUGUGUGGGAUGGGAUGGGGGUGUUUCAGCUAAAAGGAAUUCUGUCAGAGAACGUUUUUGUUCUGUUCCUUGAAGGCCAAUGCAGGUUAUGUACUAAAAUAAUGUCAUUAACUAUAACUUCAUACAUCAAUAUUCAUAUGUCAUCUUAUCUGACUAUAGCUAUAUACCAGAUUUGCAACCAAGGCCACGUCCCAAAUGGCACACUAUUACCUAAAACGUGCACUACUUUUGACCAGAGCCCUAUGGGUCCUGGUCGAAAGUAGUGCACUAUAUAGGGAAUAGGGUGCGAUUUAUGAUACAGCCCAAGUCUAAUUUUUGCAGUCCUGCUGCAGGUCACAGUCACUUGAGAAUAUGUGUAUGAUGAUGUGGGUGAAAAUUAACACAGUGCCAUCGGGAUUUCUGUUCCACAGAUCAGUUUGGCAUCCAGGUCCAAUGCCAAGACUGUGCUGGGCAUCGACAAUGCCAAGCUUGCUGCUGAGGACUUCAAGAUGAAGUAAGGGGCUACUAACUACUAUGAAUCACGACACACUAUUUAUAUAAAACAUUUGUCUUUCACUCAAGGCUCUAUACAACACACUCUGAGUAGAAGUUACCCUUUUAGACACAGAACUAGAAUCAGCCUACCCAAGCUAAAUCCUGUCCAUAACUAUUAGUGAGGAAAAGGCAAAACUGACCUUAGAUCAAUGACCGUGUCCAAAUACCCAUACUGGCGUACUACAUACUUAAAGUGCAUACUCAUUUCGGUGUUUGAUCUAGUAGAAUUCACUUGUUUGACAACAGCUGAUAAUCAGAUUAAACCAGACACUGUACCUAAAUGAAUGAAUGGCGGGAGUCAAUGCAAUCUCGCAUUCGAAACUAAAUUUUCCCCACACUAUUUAGUACGCUAGUAGGGGUAUUUGGACACGGCCAGUGUUUAGCCAUCCCUACUCGAUAGACAAAGCAAAAGAUUACAAUUCUGAAAACAAAAUGGUAGCCUGUGUGACCUUUGCGUGACCUUUGACCUUUGCCCUGCUCAGGUAUGAGAAUGAGCAGGCCAUGAGGAUGGCAGUGGAGGCAGACAUCAGUUGUCUGAGGAGGGUCCGGGAUGACAUGAGCCUGGGUCGCUCUGACCUGGAGAUGCAUUACGAGGGUCUGAAGGACGAGCUCAUCAUGCUCAAGAGGAACCACCAGGAGGUAACGGAUCGUUCAGGGGCAACGGUUAUUCACAGUACAACCACACUGUAUAGCACAGGGGAGCUGUUUUUCCACAGUACACCCAUUCAAAACCAAAAUGCCAUACCGUCAUAUCUUUCACUCAAGUUACGAUGUCCACCAACGCCCACACCUUGUCACCUCCCUCCUCGCAUCCACACCUAAAACAGAUAUGUACCAUGGCAUGUUGGUGCUAGUGAAUCUGAAUAGGAAUGGCAUGCAUAUGUUUACUUGUUAAUACUGACCUAAUAGUGCAAACAGUAGUAGAAAAAGGGAUUUAUUAUUUGCUUAGUAUUCAGUGAUGACAUACAAUAGGCCCUACAUGUAUUGCAUUCCACUUACAGCAGCAAAUAACUCACUUCAGUAGGCAUCCACAUGACAGUUGCUAGGUGGAAGGAUAUCAUUGGCCACUGAGGAGUACUUAGCCCUGUUUUGUAUGGGGUGUUAUUGAAGCAGUUAAUGUUUUGCACACAAAUAUGACAUCUACCUAACCUCUGCUGAUAUCACACCAGGAUUUCCUUUACACAGAUGGAUGGGUGUUUUUUUUUUACAACACAGUUCCUCUCCCCUCCUCACACUUCCUAUUAUUCUUAAUUUCUUCCAUUAACUCACUAUUACCCUUUGUGGGACUCUUACAUCCACAAACACACAAAUGACAGUUCAUGUAUGGUGCAUAAUGGGUAAUAUCUUGACCAGUAGGAGACUGGUCAAGACUUAGUCCCUCAGGUUAAAAGUCCUCUGGUUGAAACACAUGUAAUCACAAGUGUGGUGCUGCACUGUAAUAGCAAAUACUCAGACUUAUCUAAAACAUUGAGACCUGUUUACUCGCCGUCAAGCUACUGUUGGUUGUUACGGUUACUAACUGAGGUUACGUCCUCUGACCUUUGACCUAUAGGAGAUUGCCCUGGUGAAGACCCAGGUGGGCAGCCAGGUGAAUGUAUCGGUGGAUGCUGCCCCAUCCCAGGACCUGAACGCAGCAAUGACUGAGAUCAGGAAGCACUACGAGUCUGUGGCUGCCAAGAACUGCAAAGAACUGGAAGCCUGGUACCAGGGCAAGGUGAGUUGAGUUACCAAGAUACUACAUGUAGUCAUUUACCCCAAAGUGUUAUUCUCUAAAGUUUUUUUUUCCUCAAAAGAAUAAUGCAAUUCAGCUUUAGACAAUGUCAGCUGCCCCAAAAAAACAUGCAUUAAAAUGUAAAGUGUUACAUUUCAAGUGUUCAUUACAAAACAUGUUUAAAGCAAGUAUAUUCUCUGUAUAGGAGGAAGUCAAUGAUCUAUUGAAGCAUGGAAAUCAAUUUAGAGACUGAAUAAGUAGGCUCUGAGGUAAACUGUGUUGACUAAUGCUGUUUUUCUACUUGUACAGCUGGCCACAGUGGAGAUUGAAGUCGUGACAAACAAUGAGCAGCUGGUGAGCUGCCUCACAGAGUUGAAGGAGUCCAAGAGCACACUCCAGAGGCUUCAGAUUGAACUGCAGUCCCAUCUGAGCAUGGUACAAGAUCUCCCAGCAUCCGCACCAUACGCAAAUCGGGUCUUUACACACACACACACACACACACACACACACACACACACACACACACACACACACACAACACACAAACACACACACACACACACACACACACACACACACACACACACACACACACACACACACACACUCUUACACUCUUACACUCUUACACUCUUAUUCUUCUUUUUUGUUAGAAGUUUUCAGAGAUGUAAGUGACCAGCAUGUGGCGUUACAGCACUAAUACUACAGGAAUAAAAACAUGCACACUAAACUGAACAUAAGCCAUAUUGGAAUUGGAAGUGAAAACCCAGUCAUGGAUGGUAGCAUGUAGGCCAGGUCUCUGCUUGUCGUUAUUCUGACACCCAUAAAUAUCUUACUGACAUUUUCAACUUGGUAACAUGCCCACCUCAUGUCUGGACUUGACCCAACAUUUUUCUGGGGGUGUAGUCUAUUGGAGCACACGUUUCACAACCUCUCACUCACUUUUGUACAACAGAGUUAUACAAUAAUAGAAUAACAGAAGCAAAACUGCAACAGUGUCACAUACUGUGGUAGUAUAUCAUUGGACAAGGUACCAGUAUACCCACAGGGUGAAGUUUCCCUAGGUACAGAUCUAGGAUCAACUUCCCCUCCCCAAUACUAAACUUAACCAUUAAUGGGGGGGCGAAUGCAGAACUGACCCAAGAUCAGCAUCUAGGGGCAACUUCACCCUACACCCACUAAUCCCCUCCACCCCUCCUACCCCAAUAGAAAUCCUCCCUGGAGGGCACCCUGGCAGACACCCAGAAGCGCUACUCUGCUCAGCUGGCAGGGCUCCAGAGCAUGGUGACUAGCCUGGAGCUCCAGCUCUCCCAGCUCCACGCCAACAUCGCCCACAACAAGCAGGAGUAUGACAUGCUGCUGGACCUCAAGACCCGGCUGGAGCUGGAGAUCGCUGAGUACAGGAGGCUGCUGGAUGGAGAGGAAAAGAGUUCCUCCCAAGGUAAACCAUUGCAUACAGCUGGCAAUGUAGGCAUUUGUAGACUUUAUGCCAAACGCAUGAUCAUGAGACUUGGUCUUGCUUGAUUUUAAGCUGAAAGCAAUAUACUGUAUCUUCAAAACUUGAAUGUUGACAAUUAUUCUGGACUGUAUCAAAAGUGGACUAAUGAAGAAUAGUGGACUAAUGUCAAUUUUUGUCUCCCCAGUGGUUACCAAGACGAUCACCGUGACCCAGACCAUUGUGGAUGGAAAGGUGAUGGAAACCACUGAGUCUGUUAAAUAA